AUGCCGUCUGUGCCGUUGUACAGCGUCGCUCUUUGUCUCUGCGUCUCUCGGCAACCAGCCAGUCUGGGCUGUGCGCACAUUCGUGCGCAUUCGUGUGUGCUUGUAUGCGUGUGUGCCAGCAACAGCUGCCAUCCCAAGCGUCGGGGACAUAAGAAGAAGCAUCCGGAGCAAGCAGAUAUCGCCACGACUGGCCGGAAAGCGUGUUAUGAGCCGAUUCUCGAGGCUGUGGGCAAUCACACCCACUCUCCACACAUCUGA